CUAACUCAACAAACAACAUUGUACGUACCAAAAGUGACAAAUGUCAUGAAACGUACCAAAUCAUCGAUAAUCAUACGCCGUUGAUUGAAUCUGAAACCAUUAAAUCUUUCAAUACCUUAUUUCCAGUUCUACACUCCUUAGAUCUACCUUUCUUCGAACACCAUUACAUAAAAAAAAGACCUGAAACCGAAACCAAAACCAAAACCAAACAUUUCCAUUCUCAUUUUCAGCUCAGAGUUUUUUAUUCUUCCUUUUAUUUCAAAUAUACCAAAUGAGAGACUUCUUUCUCAGUUUGACCUUUUCCAUUGUUUGGUUCGUAACCCAAACAGAGGUUUGCUCCUCAAGCUCGACGAAGAACAUUACCAUUCCUCCUCUUCUUCUUGCUUUGCCUCUCAAAACUCAACAAAUCCCAUCUGGGUCUUUCCCCAGAUCACCCAAUAAGCUUCCUUUUCGUCACAAUGUCAGCUUGACUGUUUCUCUUACCGUGGGCUCGCCUCCACAGAAUGUUACCAUGGUUAUCGACACAGGGAGUGAGCUCUCUUGGCUCAACUGUAACAAAACAGAGAAGUUCCCAUUGACUUUCGACCCGACCCGGUCGUCUUCUUACUCUCCGGUUCAAUGUUCUUCGCCUACUUGUACGAACCAGACACAAGACUUCACCAUCCCAGCCUCGUGUGAUUCCCGAAACCUCUGCCACGCCACACUUUCCUACGCCGACUUCUCCUCCUCCGAAGGAAACCUCGCCGCCGAUACUUUCCGUAUCGGGUCCUCCGAUAUACCGGGUUUGGUUUUCGGGUGCAUGGCUUCGAGCUUCAGCUCCAACUCCGACGAGGACUCGAAGAACACUGGGUUAAUGGGUAUGAACCGCGGCUCUCUUUCCUUCGUUUCCCAAAUGGCUUUCCCCAAAUUCUCGUACUGCAUCUCGGGUUCUGAUUUCUCGGGUCUGUUGCUUCUCGGCGACACGUCCAAUUUCUCGUGGAUAUCUCCGUUAAAUUACACACCUCUCGUCAAAAUCUCAACCCCGCUACCGUACUUCGACCGGGUCGCUUACACCGUCCAGUUGAUCGGGAUCAAAGUCUCGGGUAAACCCUUACAGAUACCGAAAUCCGUUUUCGAACCCGAUCAUACCGGGGCGGGUCAAACCAUGGUUGACUCGGGCACACAGUUCACGUUCCUACUCGGCCCGGCGUACUCUGCUCUGAGAGAAGCGUUUCUGAAGGAAACGACAGGCGUUUUGAGAGUCUUGGAAGAUUCAAAUUACGUGUUCCAAGGAGCCAUGGAUUUGUGUUUCCGGGUCCCACUCGGUGACCCGAAACUGCCCCGGUUACCGACUGUGAGCUUGGUUUUUGAAGGGGCAGAGAUGAGCGUGUCGGGUCAGAGCUUGCUGUAUCGGGUUCCGGGCGAAGUGAGGGGGAAUGAUUCGGUGCAUUGCUUCACAUUUGGGAACUCUGACCUGUUAGGUGUGGAAGCGUAUCUGAUUGGUCAUCACCAUCAGCAGAACAUGUGGAUGGAGUUUGAUCUUGAGAAAUCAAGGAUCGGAUUGGCCCAGACUCAAUGUGAUAUGGCCUUCCAGAGAAUGGGUUUGAGCGCGUAGAGUACACGCUCCAAGUUUUGCUCUCUUUUCUGUUGGAUUUGAUUGGCACGUUGUCUGUUGGCGCGUGUGAGAAAGGAUUAUGGUGUGGAACAGUGUACCAUACUUUACUGUGGUCAUGUGAAGUGAGGCCGUUCGAUGUCACUGUUUAUUCUCUAUGAAUGGUGAAAGGUGAAUAUAGUU